AUGGCCCGCCGUUUCCUCCGCGGUCAGAGUAUCACCUUCGGGUUGAGCGUCUUCUUAUUCAUCUUUAUGUUUCUCCCAACUUUCCUUAUCCUUCUAGCCGUUGUGGCCUUUUUCCUACUUGCCUAUCCCCGUCUGCGCAAAUCUUACGGCCUGGACCGGGAGCAAGGGGUUGAGCCAAGACAGGUUGGGGAGAAUUGA